AUGCUUCGCAAGCGCCUCAUCCUCGACCUCUCCAUUGGUCUCGGUGCUGGAUUUGCUAUGGCCAACGUUUACUGGUACGGCUUCCACGUUCCCCGUACCAACCAGCGCGACGCUUUCUACAGCAAGCUCGAGGCCAAGCGCGAGGCCGAGAAGUCCGAGUAA